CUUCUGCUUUUAGAGCUACUUAUAACAGAAGGUACUCCUGUUGAUGCUGCUGAUACAGAAAACCAUCUAGAGAUAAAGGUGGAAGAGCCAGCAGAUGCCACCCUUUUGGACAACAUACUUUUCUUGUUAUAUUCAUUCUUGCUUUAUUUCUCUAAGACGCUGUUUAUUACAUUGCCUGAUGAUACUCAACCUGGGCCUGAUUUUUAUGGACUACCAUGGAAGCCUGUAGUUUUCACUGUUUUGUUUGGAUUUGUAUCCUUUGUCGUUUUCUUUUGGAAAACUAUUCUUGUUGUAAAAGAUAGAGUAUAUCAAGUCAAUGAACAGCAAAUUUCCCAAAAGGUGAACAAUUUCACGAAAGAAAAUGAAGAACUGAAGCAGAAAUUGUCAAAUUAUGAACAGAAGAUGAAGGAACAGGUCAAAGAAAUCAUGAAGCAAAAUAUGAUUCUUUCUGAUGAAGCAACUAAAUAUAAGGAUAAAAUGAAGCUUCUUGAAAAAGUUAAAGAACUUCUGGAUGAGAGAGCUAAAAGUCUUCAUGUUAUGUUAGAAUCUGAGAGAGAACAGAAAGCUAAGAAUCAGGACUUGAUAAUGGAAAAUAAGAAAUUGAUAGAGAAGCUUAAAGAGGUCAUUUCAGUGAAUACUUCUGAACUUUCAGAGCUUCAAAUUGUCCUUAAUGAAGCUAAGCUUCGUGAAUAGAAGGUGAAGUUGGAAUGCUGUCGGCUUCAGAAAGAAAAUACCAUGCUUAAGAAGAAGAAAGAGCAGUUGCAGCAGGAAGUCAAAGACUGGAGUACAUCACAUGCUGAGCUCAGUGAACAAAUCAAAUCAUUUGAGAAGUCCCAGAAAGAUUUACAAGUAGCUCUUAGUCACAAAGAAGAUACUAUUAAUGCUUUGACUAAUUGUAUCACACAGUUGAAUUGGUUACAAUGUGAAUCUGAAUCUGAGGAUCAAAAUAGAGAAGAUGAGUCAGAUGAAUUAACCAAUGGAGAGGUAGCAGGUGAUCGGAAUAAGAAGAUCAAAGAUCAAAUUAAGCAGAUGAUGGAUGUCUCUCGGACACAAACUACAAUAUCAGUAGUUGAAGAGGAUCUAAAACUUUUACAACUUAAGCUAAGAGCCUCGAUGUCCACAAACUGUAAUCUAGAAGACCAAAUAAAGAAAUUAGAAAGUAACUGCAGUUCACUACAGUCUUCUAAAGUUGGACUGGAAGAGGAAUGUAAAACUCUAAGGCAGAAAGUGGAGAUUUUAAAUGAACUCUACCAGCAAAAUGAGAUGGCACUACAAAAGAAACUGAGUCAAGAAGAAUAUGAGAGACUAGAAAAAGAGCAGCGGCUGUCAGCUGCAGAAGAAAAGGUGGUUUCCACUGUAGAGGAAGUUAAAAAUUACAAGCGGAGAAUUGAAGAGAUGGAAGAAGAAUUACAGAAAACCGAGCGCUCAUUUAAAAACCAGAUUGUGCAAGAGAAGAAAGCUCAUGAUAAUUGGCUCAAAGCUCGUUCUGCAGAAAGAGCUAUAGCUGAAGAGAAAAGGGAAGCUGCUAAUUUGAGACAGAAACUAUUGGAAAUGGCCCAAAAGAUGGCAAUGCGGCAAGAAGAACCUGUGAUUGUAAAACCAAUGCCAGGAAGACCAAAUUUACAAAAUCCUCCUCGGAGAGGUCCCCUGAGCCAGAAUGGCUCUUUUGGUCCAUCCCCCGUGAGUGGUGGAGAAUGUUCCCCUCCACUGACAGCAGAGCCAGCUGGGAGACCUCCUUCUGCUACCCUUAAUCGAAGAGAUAUGCCUAUAAAUGGAUUUGACCCAGGAUGUGGUCCAGCUCACAUGAACAGCAGCUCCAGAAGUUCUUCUCCAGCUAAGGUGACAGAUGAGGGCAAGGUUAAUAUGGCUAUGAAAGGGCCCCCUCCUUUCUCAGGGGUACCCUUCAUGGGCCCCCUGAUGGGACCCCCUAUGGGACGGCCUCCACCACCUCCCAUUUGGUAUGGACCGCCACUUCAGUUCGAUGGGCCUUUUGGGCCUCGGCCAAUUCCUCCACCAUUUGGUCCUGGUAUGCGUCCACCAAUAGGCUUCAGAGAAUAUGCACCAGGUGUUCCACCUGGAAAUCGGGAUUUGCCUUUUGACCCUCGUGUUUUUUUUCCAGGACCCGCACCAUUUAGACCUUUAGGCUCAUUUGGCCCAAGAGAGUACUUCAUUCCUGGUGCCCCAUUACCACCUCCAACUCAUGGUCCCCAAGACUAUGGGCCACCACCUGUUGCAAAAGACUUAAUGCCUUCAGGCUUUAAAGAUGAACCUCCACCUACACCUGAUUCUCAGAGUAGUGAGGGCUGUUCACAGGCCUUAAAACUGGGCCCAUAAAAUUAACCUCUGACACUUAGUCAGAAAGUGGAUUAUGAACUAUUCAUUGUGUUAAAGGAUUAUUGGCUUCAAAAUAUAAAAGUUUAUUUUAAAUGGUUUAUGUUUUUAGAAUGAAGCUGCCUUGGUGCAGUACACAUUUUGAGCCAAAAUAUUUUCCCCCUAAAUAUCCCCCACUUAAGCUAGAGUAUCCUUCCAACUUUAAAACGUGCAAUAAGGAAUACCUUUGUUUUAGUUAAUGUAGCAUAUACAAUUGCUAAAUGAUUUAGAAUGUCAUAAUUAUGGACAUUUCCUGUGGAAAUGCUUUAAGAACAUGUAUUUCCAUUAUCCUAUUUUUAGUGUAUUCCAGUUGAUAGAGAAAUGGUGUUUUAUAAGCUUGAUUUUUCUCUUCCAAUAUCUGGUCACAGAGACUGUUACGCUAAAAAUGUUUACUCAAAGAUCAUAAACUUCAUUUUCCUUCUUGCUGAA